CUCAAAAUAAUCCGAUGUCUUGCCACUCUGAACCGUCCGUUCACUAACAAAAAUGUGUGAGCUCUGGCAUGCCAAACCUCUAACUGGCGACCUCUAUUGAAUCACUUAUUUAGACUUCUAUCUUCUUUCCUUGCUUACUUGCUUUGCUUAAUCGCUCCCUUUGCUCUCCGCUGCCUUAUCUCAUGGAAUCCUUCUCAGCUAGGAAUUUCGUUCCCUUUCUUCUGCUCCGAUGCUUUCCGAGAAGAAACCUUCGUCCACUCUGUUCUACUAUUCAAGCUUCCCAAUCCAUGGAGGAUGAGAACGAGAAGAUCUACAAAGAACUUGGUUUAUUUUCUUUGAAAAAGAAGAUAGCUGAUGCAAUUAGCCGUGCUGAGAUGAUAGCUCCACUGGCACUUGAGUUUGAAGAAGCAAGAAGAAUUAAGCAGGAAGCAGUUCUGCAAGAUUGUAAUCUGUGGGAUGACAUAGAAAAAUCUACAGAAUCUCUUUCUGCCUUGGGUGAUGCUAUCAAGAUGGUCAACGAUCUAAAAGACCUACAACAUAAGGCAGAAGAAGUUAAAUUGAUCACCCAGCUAGCAGAAAUGGAUGUCAUAAACCAUCAGCUUUUCAAGCAAGCUUAUGAAGAUUCUAUGAGAGUCAGCAAUUUCUUGGACCGCUAUGAGAUGUCUAAGUUUCUCAGUGGUCCAUAUGACAAAGAGGGAGCCUGGAUAAUUAUUGAAGCUGGCCAAGAAGGCAUUGCUUCUGAGAUAUGGGCUGAAAAGCUUCUUGUCAUGUAUAUGAUUUGGGCUGAGAAGCAUGGCUGCAAGGGAAGGAUCAUUGAGAAGUGUGCUCCUCGCAUGGGUGGUAUCAGGUCUGCAACUGUUGAGUUUGAAUCAGAAUACUUUUAUGGCACCUUUACUGGUGAAAGAGGUACUCACAGGAUGGUCCGUAGUUCUCUUGAUGCAUCAGUUAUUCGAGAGGCUUGCUCAGCAGAUGUAAAUGUGAUGCCUAUCUUCCUAGAAGAAGCCGAUGAUUUGCAUGUAGACGAGGAAGACUUGAAUGUUUCAUCUCUUUUUCUUCCCCAACAACAGAAUGACUGCAAGACAGAACAUGCAGUAAGCAUUCUUCAUAUUCCAAGUGGUAUUUCUGCUCAAUCCUCAGGUGAAAGAAGCUUUGUUGCAAAUAAGAUCAAGGCUCUCGCACGUUUAAAGGCAAAGCUUCUUGUGGCUGCUCUGGAACAAGGUGUUAAAAAUGUUGACAAAGUAAGAGGAGUUAUAGCGAACGAAUGGAAGCAUGAGAUGAGGAGAUACAUGUUUCGUCCACAUAAAAUGGUCCAAGACUUGAAAACUGGCAUUCAACUUCUGGACUUGAACUCUGUCUUGGAUGGCAAUAUUGAGCCACUGAUCAGAGCCCACAUUAGCCUUCAACGAGGAGAAGAGAUCGACUAUGGACUUAAUUGCAUAAAAAACAAAUGAAUCGUCAUUUGAAGUGAACGAUCACUUGGUUUCAGUCGCCUUUCUUGUGGUAAGGAUGACAGCCACAGGCUCGCAUCUUCUAUUGUCUUGUGUUGCGUUGAUGGAGUUCAGAAUUUUCAGUUCUCUUUAUGUGUUUCAAUUCUUAGUUGAAACAGUUUUAAUCUUAUAAUGCAAAAAUGCAUACCAUGGAAUGGAUUUGAUGAACAUUGAUGAGCAUCUUUAUUUUGUAGAGAGAAUUGGCAACAACUUGACUGGGACACUUAUCUUGUUGAAACAUUAUAACUAGAAAUUCAGUAUUCAAGUCUAUUCAA